CGAAAAAACGUAGAGAACUCAUAGAAAAUGUGGAGAUUGAGAAUUGGAGCUAAGGCCGGAGAUAAUACUCACUUGUUCACUACCAACAACUAUGUUGGGAGGCAGAUUUGGGAGUUUGAUGCCAACGCAGGAUCUCCUGAGGAACUUGCCGAGGUGGAGGAGGUUCGUCAGAAUUUCUCUGACAACAGGUCUCGUUUCAAGGCCAGUGCCGAUCUCUUAUGGCGGAUGCAGUUUCUUAGGGAAAAGAAGUUUGAGCAGAAGAUCCCGCGAGUGAGAGUAGAGGAUGUAGAAAAAAUAACCUAUGAAGAUGCAAAGACGGCAUUAAGAAGAGGUUUACUCUAUUUCACGGCCUUGCAAGCUGAUGAUGGACACUGGCCUGCAGAAAACUCUGGUUCCCUUUUCUUCAACGCCCCUUUUGUCAUAUGCUUGUACAUCACUGGACAUUUGGACAAAAUCUUUACUCUCGAGCAUCGUAUAGAGUUGCUACGUUACAUGUACAACCAUCAGAACGAAGAUGGUGGAUGGGGAUUACAUGUAGAAAGCCACAGUAAUAUGUUUUGCACAGUAAUCAACUACAUUUGUUUACGAAUUAUGGGAGUAGAAGCUGGUCAUGAUGAUAAAGGAAGUGCUUGUGCAAGGGCUCGUAAAUGGAUCAUCGACCACGGUGGUGCCACAUACUCGCCCUUGAUCGGAAAAGCUUGGCUUUCUGUUCUUGGAGUAUAUGAUUGGUCUGGCUGCAAACCUAUACCCCCUGAGUUCUGGUUCCUACCUUCUUCUUUUCCUGUUAAUGGAGCUACCCCAACACGUCUCAUUCUCCAGCUUCGAGAAGAGCUUUAUCCGGAGCCUUAUGCCAAAAUCAAUUGGAGGCAAUCACGAAACCGAUGUGCAAAGGCCUUUCAUAUGCUGGCAUGUUGGGUAGAAGAUCCAGAAGGUGACUACUUCAAAAAGCAUCUUGCUCGAGUCCCUGAUUUCAUAUGGAUUGGCGAGGAUGGCUUGAAAAUUCAGUCUUUUGGUAGCCAAUUGUGGGAUACAGCCUUAUCGCUACAUGUAGUGUUAGACGGUAUUGAUGAUGAUGUUAAUGGUGAGAUUAAAUCAACGAUCCUUAAAGGAUAUGAUUACUUGAAGAAAUCUCAAGUUACAGAAAACCCUCCCGGUGAACACAUAAAAAUGUUUCGUCACAUUUCAAAAGGUGGAUGGACGUUUUCCGAUCAAGAUCAGGGAUGGUCAGUUUCAGAUUGUACUGCUGAGAGUUUAGAGUGUUGUCUAUUUUUCGAGAGCAUGACGUCAGAGUUUAUUGGCCAAAAAAUGGAUGUGCAGAAACUCUAUGAUGCCGUUGAUUUUCUUCUUAAUUUGCAGAGCGAUAAUGGCGGUAUAUCAGCAUGGCAACCAGCAGAUGGAAAAACCUGGUAUGUAGAAUGUACGGGUUCAGCUAUUGUAGCGUUGGCUCAGUUUAAGAAACAGUUUCCGGAGUACAGAAAGGAAGAGGUUGAACGGUUUAUAACAAAAGGCGUGAAGUACAUUGAGGACUUGCAAAGAGUGGAUGGUUCAUGGUACGGAAACUGGGGAGUGUGUUUCAUAUAUGGGACCUUCUUUGCGGUAAGAGGUCUUGUAGCUGCAGGGAAGCGUUACGAUAACUGUGAGGCAAUUCGUAGAGCAGUUGGUUUCAUUCUUGACACCCAAAACCCGGAAGGUGGCUGGGGAGAGAGCUAUCUCUCUUGCCCAAGCAAGAAAUACAUUCCUUUAGUGGGAAACCAAACAAAUGUGGUGAAUACAGGACAAGCACUUAUAGUUCUAAUUAUGGGUGAUCAGAUGGAGAGAGAUCCUUUGCCAGUUCAUCGUGCAGCUAAAGUGUUGAUUAAUUCACAGUUGGAUAAUGGCGAUUUUCCGCAACAGGAAGUAACGGGAGUUUUCAAGAUGAAUGUUUUGCUCCAUUAUCCAACCUUUAGAAACAUUUACUCUCUUUGGGCACUUACACAUUACACGCAGGCUCUGCGACGGCUCUUCCUUUGACCACUUCUUAUUUCAAUCUUAUCUUCGUCACCAUUUUAUAUAUACGUUUAUGUUGUUAUUUGUUGUUUUUAAUAAAUACCGCACAUCAUG